AUGCUUCCCCUCGACAAUAUCUCUCUUCAGAGCCCAUUCACUCCCCGUGUUCAGCAGCUGGAACUGCUACUUCCGAGCGCUGGACCGCUAUACAUCCCAUCCUUUGCAGGUGAAGGCAUCCGGAAGAUCCCAGGACUUCCUGGUAUCCGGUGUUCCACAUGCGCCGCUAACGGCGCGGACGUUUGGGUUAUCCCAGGCCGUGCAUGUGGAUUCUGCCGCACUCCGGCCAUGCGGGAUUGA